AUGUCUCGCAGUUAUCAACAACAACCUGCCGCUACCUCUGGAAUGGUCGUUGCUCCAGGAGGAGGAGGAAACAGAAACGCGAAGAACAUGCCCGUCGAUGCUGACGGCAGAGAAUGGAGUCAUGGCCUUUGCUCGUGCUUCAGCGAAUGCGGAACAUGUGUUGUGGCAACCUGCUUCCCUUGUGUUGUCUAUGGCAAGAACAAACACCGCUAUGAGCACCUGGCCAACAAGGGCACACCCCACCCUGAACGCGGUGGAUCCUGCUUUUCGGGUUCAUGCAUGUCGCACGGUAUCUUCUCCAUUUGCGGUCUCGGCUUCCUGUUCCAAAUGGGCAACCGUGGUCACGUCCGCACCCGCUACAACAUCAAGGGCGGAGGAUGCAACGACUGCUGCACAUCCUUCUUUUGCUCUCCCUGCCAACUUGUUCAAGAGUCCCGGGAGCUCGAGCUCGAGGAGCAGAGCUUUGGUGUCCAGCGCUACUAG